UCUUGGUAAAACAACAGGCCUCAUACAUUGUAUUAGAAAGCGUGCUUUAUCAAAACAAAUAUAUAUUCGGCAGAAAAUACAGGCGAGAAGAAACAACAAUGGCUGGAGUUUUAUUUGAAGACAUCUUCAACGUGAAAGACAUGGACCCCGAAGGCAAGAAAUUUGAUCGUGUCUCGCGGUUGCAUUGCGAGUCUGAAUCAUUCAAAAUGGAUUUAAUACUGGACAUUAAUUCUUGGUUGUAUCCAAUGGAAUUGGGUGAUAAAUUUCGUUUGGUGCUGGCGACGACUUUACGUGAAGACGGUUGCCCCGACAGCGGGGAAUUCAAUCCAUUGGAGCAAGAGGGUACACGUGCAGACAGUUUCGAAUAUGUCAUGUUUGGGAAAGUUUAUCGCAUUGAGGGCGAUGAAGCGCAUAACGAGGCAUCCUCCAGAUUAUCAGCGUACGUUUCCUUCGGUGGUCUUUUAAUGCGUUUGCAAGGUGAUGCAAACAAUUUGCACGGUUUCGAAGUGGAUCAACAGAUGUAUCUGCUGAUGAAAAAGUUGGCAUUUUGAUUGGUGUUUGUGUGUGAAACACUCGAAAAGUUUCUACUUGUGUGUAUGUGUAGUGUAGUUUUAAAUAAUAAAUUAUAGCAUUGUACAAAAUAAAAGUAACCGUUUGAAAAAUUUUGCCGAUAA